GAAAUAUAGGUCACGUUUGGAUGAUUAUAGAAAGAAGAUUUUCAGGGUGUAGUAAAUAUGAAAAAAUCCUUAAAAUAAUUUAACAACAGUAGUUAUUGGGAGGUAAUUUUAUAAUUAAUUUGUUCGUUUACCUUGUCUAAUACCUCUUACUAAAUUAAGUAAUGUGUGACUGAGGUAGAUCUUGCCAUUAUAGAAACCGGGGUAAGUAUAAGAAUAUUGCAAUAUGUAUUUUUGUACUACUAGUUUUAGUUUGUUUUGGUGAAACAAAGAAAAAUAAAAGCAAGGUGAGAAAAAAAAAAAAAAAAAAAAAAAAAAAAAAAGAGAAAGAGAAAGAUGUGGGAAAUGAAGUUGGGAAUAAUAUUGUUAGGAAUGGAAGGAAUAAGUGUGGGUACAAAUACAUUAAGCAAAGCAGCCAUGGCUAAAGGAAUGAGCAACUAUAUCUUCACCACUUACACUCAUGCCCUUGCUCUCUUCUUUCUUCUUCCUUUGGCUUUCUUUUUACACAGAAAAACUCGACCUCCGGUCAUUGGAUGGUCUAUAAUUUUGCGGCUCUUUCUGCUUGGAAUCCUCAGUUGUGGAUGCUCCAUCUUCCUGUUUGUUGGAAUACGUUAUAGCUCACCAACUCUUGCUUCAGCAAUGAAUAAUCUUUCUCCUGCUUUUACUUUCAUCAUAGCCAUCAUUUUCAGAAUGGAGAUGGUAAAUCUAAGUGCACAGAGUAACAUAUUUAAGUUGAUAGGAACCAUUGUCUCAAUCAGUGGAGCAUUCAUAGUGACCUUCUACCAAGGACUACCAAUCAUACUAUUCCCUUCACCAAACAAGACAUAUCUUCAUUCUUUGUUGGAUAUUCAACCAAAUUGGACCGUUGGAGGGCUCUUGCUUGCUACUAGCAGCAUUUUUUUCUCACUCACUUAUAUUGCAAAGACUUGGAUUGCAAGGGACUUCAAUUCAGAGGUGCUGAUAACACUAAUAAGUUGCUGCAUCUUUGAGACUAUAGUGGCAGCAAUGGUAACUUUAAUUGCAGAAAAUGAUGCUAGUGUUUGGACACCAACCCUUGACAUCGAACUAAUUUCUAUUCUAUUUGGGGCUAUAGAUGUUGCUAUAGUAAAUACCGUGAAUACUUGGGCAUGCAGAGUGAAGGGUCCAGUAUUUGUCGCAAUGUUUAAGCCACUUCAAAUGAUUAUUGCAGUUAUCAUGGGAGUUUCUUUUCUAGGAGAUGUUCUUCAUGUUGGGAGUGUUAUUGGAGGACUAAUCAUAGCGUUAGGAUUCUACACCGUGAUGAAGGGGAAAGCCGAGGAAGAGAUACAUAAGGGAAUCGAUGAAAAUAGAUUGAUAAAUAGUGCUGAAGAGGAGACAGGUUCUCAUAAAGUUCCUAUGUUGCAGAAUAGAGACAUAGAUGCAUAAAAUUUCUUCGCAUAUAGCAUAUAUUAUCAAGGCUGAGAGUGAUGGAUAACUCAGUUGGUUAGUGCUUUCAUCCACAGGUGAUCCUGGGAUCGAUUCUCAUCCCCGCCCUUGUGGCUUAUUUGCACCAAAAAAUAUAUAUUAUCAAGGAUAACGUAGUUAUCCUGUAACUAUAAAUGUCAUCGCCAGAAUAGGAUUUAAACACUUAGUUUUGGAAUAGGAUUAUUGAUUAUUCUAGUUAAUUCACAUUA